ACUCUCUAGGAUGUCAAAACCCUAACUAUAAAACAGUUUUAACUGAGUUUUCGCAGCAUCUCUUCCAAAGCUGAAUCUGUCAUCUGCAAAACCGCUCUCAAAAGCCCCAAUUUGACAUCUCUUGCAUUUUGCCCGAAGCUAUGUCGAGGAGAAAGGUUAGGGAGCCCAAGGAAGAGAAUACUACCCUUGGACCUGCUGUCCGAGAAGGCGAGUAUGUUUUUGGAGUGGCACACAUUUUUGCUUCUUUUAAUGACACAUUUAUACAUGUGACAGAUUUGUCUGGAAGGGAAACAAUGGUUCGCAUAACCGGUGGGAUGAAGGUGAAAGCUGACAGGGACGAGUCUUCACCUUAUGCAGCCAUGCUUGCAGCACAAGAUGUUUCUCAACGCUGCAAGGAGUUGGGUAUUACAGCCCUUCAUAUAAAGCUCCGUGCUACUGGAGGUAACAAGACCAAGACACCAGGUCCUGGUGCCCAGUCAGCACUUAGAGCCCUUGCUCGUUCAGGCAUGAAAAUAGGGCGCAUAGAGGAUGUUACUCCCAUUCCCACUGACAGUACCCGCAGAAAGGGUGGCAGACGUGGAAGAAGGCUGUGAUCUUUCGCUUCGUAUCUAUUUCCUGUUCUUUUGACGCUAGGAGUUCUCUUUUGUUUUUGAAACAUUUUUCUGAUAAGAUUCGGGUUUGCGUUGCCCCGUUCUGUUGUUUCACAUUUAUAGUUCCUGAAUGGAUUUUGAUCUUGAGUCUUAAUUUAGACAAAAUGGUUGUGGAACUC